AUGGCUCCCGAAAAGGCCACCAAGACCAAGGCUACAAAGCAUGUCCCGAAGACUGUCGCAGACUUCACGGUUCUCGAACUCGUGCUUCCCACCUCGUUCAGCCUACCCGAGCAAUGCAAGGAUGCGAGACAUUACAUCUACGUUAAACCACAUGCGCCAAGCGUACCAACUGCGACCGAUGGACGAAGUCUAUUCAUCGCGAAUGUACCGAUCGAUGCGACAGAAAGCAAUAUGCGGGCGCUGUUUGCCGAGCAGCUUGGUGGCUCAAUGGUCGAGCGCGUGGAGUUUGAUGCACCCAUACCAGCACAACCGAUGCACAAGCGGUGGAAGACAGACAAGCCUGGAAACGAAGACGGAGAGAAGCGGGGAAAGAAGAGGAAGCGCAAUGAGGAGGCUCUUGUCGCCGAAGGCGUGGUGGAAGACGCAGAGAGUGCGUUGCCUUCAAUAUGGCCGGGCGAGUUACGACGAAGCGGCAGUGGAGCAGUCGUUAUCUUCGUCGACAAGAUGAGUGCCAGGGGCGCCAUGAAGGAGAUAUACAAGGCUGUCAAGGAUAGUAAGAGCAUACGUUGGAAGAGCGGUAAUGCAGCUCUGGGCGUUGAACGUAUACACAACAUACUUACCUACCCGACUCCCACAUCCCUCCAAAACUCUCUCAACGCUUACCUCUCGCAAUUUAACACCCUCGAGACUCUACGCAACAAACAUCGAAAGACGGCACGCUCUGUGCCCGACGAAGAGGGCUUCGUCACCGUCACACGCGGCGGUCGCGCAGGGCCCGCACGCAUCGAGGAUGCAGAAAAGAAGAAGGAAGAGCUCGAGGCCAGGAAGAAGAAGAACGCGGUCAAAGACGAUUUCUACCGAUUCCAGAAUCGCGAGAAGAGGAAGGAAGUGGAAAUGGGCCUGAGGAGACGAUUUGAGGAGGAUAGGAAGAGGGGUGAGGCCGGAAACAUGAGGGCCAGGGCGCGUGUAAAGGAGAAAUAUCUGUCAGAUGGGUCACCAACCUCGAAACGAUGCGAUGAAAUCCCACUUGAAUUAGAGGGCAUGAAGGCCUUUGAGACCUUGUUCAAACUUGCCACUAGUAAAGGUAGAGCACAAGAGAUCAUCAGUGAACAUCCAGCCGGACACGAUGUGAAUCCUGAGGAGAUCUCAGCAAGAGAACGCCCAUGCUACUAUUAUAUCGCCCAAAGAAGAAUGAUAACCUGGGAAAGGUGGUGUGCCUUGGCCUUGUCCUAG